AUGACCAGCUUUUUGGACCAACAUUUUACCAAUAUCAAGACUUUACUUCCUCUUCCAAUACGCGCAGCACAUCUUGUCUAUGGGUCGCAUCUCCUGGUCAUCAUCGCCAUCUCAGUCACAUUGUCCCUCGCUCAUCCUUCUCGGACACCCUCCACCUUAACUAGCCAUCCCUCCCCGUCAUUGUUGGCGUUUGGUCGGAUCAUCAAUGUCGGCUGGGUUGUAAUGCAUGUGGUGGCGCUGUGGGCGCGGACAUGA